GAAAAAAAAGAAAGAAAAGAAACCCACCCACCCACCCCAGCCCCCCAAAAAUCACACACACAAAAAAAGAAAAGAAAAAAGAAAAAAGGGGGAAAAAAAGAAAAAAAAAUCCUGUGGCGCGCCGCCUGGUUCCCGGGAAGACUCGCCAGCACCAGGGGGUGGGGGAGUGCGAGCUGAAAGCUGCUGGAGAGUGAGCAGCCCUAGCAGGGAUGGACAUGAUGCUGUUGGUGCAGGGUGCUUGUUGCUCGAACCAGUGGCUGGCGGCGGUGCUCCUCAGCCUGUGCUGCCUGCUACCCUCCUGCCUCCCGGCUGGACAGAGUGUGGACUUCCCCUGGGCGGCCGUGGACAACAUGAUGGUCAGAAAAGGGGACACGGCGGUGCUUAGGUGUUAUUUGGAAGAUGGAGCUUCAAAGGGUGCCUGGCUGAACCGGUCAAGUAUUAUUUUUGCGGGAGGCGAUAAGUGGUCAGUGGAUCCUCGAGUUUCAAUUUCAACAUUGAAUAAAAGGGACUACAGCCUCCAGAUACAGAAUGUAGAUGUGACAGACGAUGGCCCAUACACGUGUUCUGUUCAGACUCAACAUACACCGAGAACAAUGCAGGUGCAUCUAACUGUGCAAGUUCCUCCGAAGAUAUAUGACAUCUCAAGUGAUAUGACCAUCAAUGAAGGAACCAAUGUCACCCUGACUUGCUUGGCCACUGGAAAACCAGAGCCUUCCAUUUCUUGGCGGCACAUCUCCCCAUCAGCAAAACCAUUUGAAAAUGGACAAUAUUUGGACAUUUAUGGAAUUACAAGGGACCAGGCCGGAGAAUAUGAAUGCAGUGCAGAAAACGAUGUGUCAUUCCCAGACGUGAAAAAAGUAAAAGUUGUCGUAAACUUUGCUCCUACAAUUCAGGAAAUUAAAUCUGGCACCGUGGCCCCAGGACGCAGUGGAUUGAUAAGAUGCGAAGGUGCAGGUGUGCCGCCUCCGGCCUUUGAAUGGUACAAAGGAGAGAAGAAGCUUUUCAAUGGCCAACAAGGAAUCAUUAUUCAAAACUUUAGCACAAGAUCCAUUCUCACUGUUACCAAUGUGACACAGGAGCACUUCGGCAACUAUACUUGUGUGGCUGCCAACAAGCUGGGCACAACCAAUGCGAGCCUGCCUCUCAACCCUCCAAGUACAGCCCAGUAUGGAAUUACCGGGAGCGCUGACGUUCUUUUCUCCUGCUGGUACCUUGUGUUGACACUGUCCUCUUUCACCAGCAUAUUCUACCUGAAGAAUGCCAUUCUACAAUAAAUUUAAAGACCCAUAAAAGGCUUUUAAGGAUUCUCUGAAAGUGCUGAUGGCUGGAUCCAAUCUGGUACAGUUUGUUAAAAGCAGCGUGGGAUAUAAUCAGCAGUGCUUACAUGGGGAUGAUCGCCUUCUGUAGAAUUGCUCAUUAUGUAAAUACUUUAAUUCUACUCUUUUUUUGAUUAGCUACAUUACCUUGUGAAGCAGUACACAUUGUCCUUUUUUUAAGACGUGAAAGCUCUGAAAUUACUUUUAGAGGAUAUUAAUUGUGAUUUCAUGUUUGUAAUCUACAACUUUUCAAAAGCAUUCAGUCAUGGUCUGCUAGGUUGCAGGCUGUAGUUUACAAAAAAGAAUAUUGCAGUGAAUAUGUGAUUCUUUAAGGCUGCAAUACAAGCAUUCAUUUCCCUGUUUCAAUAGGAGUCAAUCCACAUUUACAAAGAUGCAUUUUUUUCUUUUUUGAUAAAAAAGCAAAUAAUAUUGCCUUCAGAUCAUUUCUUCAAAAUAUAACUAACACAUAUCUAGAUUUUUCUGCUCGCAUGAUAUUCAGGUUUCAGGAAUGAGCCUUGUAAUAUAACUGGCUGUGCAGCUCUGCUUCUCUUCCCUGUAAGUUCAGCAUGGGUGUGCCUUCAUAUAAAAUAAUAAUUUUUCUCUUCAUCUCCGACUAAUAAAAUGUUUUGCCAAAUCCUACAAUUUGAAAGCAAAAUAAACCAUAAGAUAAAGUCGGACUAUAUCCUAUCUCUCAAGAAUGAAGGAGCUGUUAGACUCUAAAAAUCUCAUCCCUCCUAACCCGUGUGGUAUGAGGAUUUUGCCCCAUAUAAACUCAGUUGUGUAAUGAAAAUAAUGCAAUUAAUAUAGUGCAGGUAAAUUUAUUACAAUAUGUAUUCUUGUAGUUGUAGUUGAAUGUUGGAUCCUCUUUGGGAAAUAAUUCCCUUCUAAAUGACAGCACAGUCCAUCCGAGAAAUUGCCUAACAAUACAACAUCCUUUCCUUUCACUAUUCCAAGCCAAAAUUUUUAAGAUGGCUUGUCCGAAAGAACACAAAGUCUGAUCACCUAAGAUUACAUGAGUUGGUGAGCACACCAGAUUUGUUUGGCUCUGAGGCAGGUAAGUGGGUAUGAUAGAUACAGUGCUCCUGCAGACAGGGGCAUUUCGCAUAUCUUGCACCUGAAAACAUCACUCACUUGAUAGUUGGGAAUGAAUGUUGUAUAAAAGAAAAAUUUCCAAGAUACAUUGUAUCAAAUAUUCUGUGCUGGCAUGCAGCAGAUCAAUCCCUGAAAUAACUAAUCCUGUAAUAAAAUCUUUCUCUGGAGCCAUGUCAGUUCAAACAAACAAGGCCAAAAAACAAACCACACCACCAAAAUUACCAUGCUUUUUUUCUUCUUACAUGAUAUUUGUAAGAUGUGAUCUAAUGAAGACAAGACACCAGUGAUUAGAAUAUCUUGAUUAUAUUAAUUAUUAAGUUAUCAUGGAUAUUUGUUUCUAUCAUAAAGAAUGAAAACUACAUUUUUAAAUGAAAAUAGUGUUACUCUAAAGUAUUAUGUUAGAAGAGUAUUUUGAUGGUUUUACUCUUUACUAAAGAAAGACCUUAGUCUUGAAAGCCAUUUUCCAAGUUUGACGAAAUUACCAGUUUCACUGCAGAGACAGUUUUCCACAAAUAGUUCCCUUCUGCAAGUCAUACUAAUCACAAAAAAGCUACUAAUAAAGUUAGAUACAAGAUAUUUCAUAGCGGGCGUAUAUCCUUAAGAUAUCUAAUAUUUUGCCCCGAAAGAAAUGGCUUGAAAAAUCAUCAAUUUUUUUCAAGUAAAGCUUAGCUCUGAAGUACACCAUAAAUCUAUUUUAAUUAGAAAAAAGUAAAUCCUAAAUGAGGAGACAUAAAUAUACAGUGUUUGCACAAAAUGGCAAUAAUAUGGCAUAACGCUAUUAAAUUUACUCACUAUAAUAAUUCAUUAUAUUAUUUUGACUGAUGUAUUAAAAACUUUUUUAACACACAUGACAUUUUAAUUUUGAUUAUUAUUGAUUUGCUUAUUUAAAUAUUAUUUGUGGAAUUGGUGAGUAAACUAUAUAUAUAUAUAUACAUAUAUAUAUAUAUAUAUAUAUAUAUAUAUAUAUAUUGUUUUUGUAUUGCAGCUUUAAAGUGGCACACUCCAUAAUAAUCUACUUACUAGAAAUAGUGGUGCUACCACAAAAGUGUUAACCAUCAGUACCAUUGUUUGGGAGAAAGAAACAGAUCAAGAAUGCAUAUUAUACAGUGACCGCUUUCCUAGAGUUAAAGAUACCUCCUCUUUGUAAGGUUUGUAGGGUAAAUGUGAGGUAAAUCAAGGUAUAAACUAUGGAUGAACCAAAUAAUUAGUUCAAAGUGUUGUCAUGAUUCCGAAUUUGUGGAGUCUGGUGUUUUUCCCAUAGAAUGUGACAGAAGUACAGUCAUAGCCCAGUAGCUAUAUGUAUUUGCCUUUAUGUUAGAAGAGAAUUCCUUGAGUGACAUUUUAAAUAGAGGAGGUAUUCACUAUGUUUUUCUGUAUCACAGCAGCAUUCCUAGUCCUUAGGCCCCUGAACAGAGUGAAACCAUGAGUAUUUAUGAGUUCAAUAUUGUUCAAAUAAGGCUACAGUAUUUGCUUUUUUGUGUGAAUGUAUGCAUAUAAUGUUCAAGUAGAUGAUUUUACAUUUAUAGACAUAUGAAAUGUCUGAUUACUCCAUUUUAUCAGUCCUGACUGUACAAGAUUGUUGCAAUUUCAGAAUAGCAGUUUUAUGAAAUUGAUUUACCUUUUGAUCUAAAACAAUUUUUUUAGCUUUUCAUUUCAGCGUUUUAUUUCCACAAGUUCCAUUUGUGGGAAUCCUUUUGUUGCCCCUAGUUUUGUUUUGGGUUUUUUUUUUUUUUUUUAGGAAAGAAAAAUAAAAAGCAGUUGAAGAAAGAGAGUGGAAAGAAAAGAAAAAGACAGAAAAGAGUGGCGGUAAAGAGAGAGGGGGGAAACGGAAGAAGGAAGGACAAAAGGAAGGAAGGGAGGGAGGAAGAAAGGGAGAGAGGGAAGAACAGAACAUUAGGGUAGUUGACUUAAUUCAUUUGCAUUCUUGGUUUAACUGCACGUGGUGUAAUUAUGUUUUACAAUGAUCCCAUUCGAAACAUAAGUCCUGUGACACCAUUAAGUUCCUAUUAUGCAGCAAUUAUAUAAUGAAAAGUACUGCCCAAAUUAUAGUAUUGUGUUUUUUGGGAAACACUAAAAGAUUCUAGAGAGAAUGUCAAACUUAAAACCACUUUUGGGGGUGUUUAAAACUUAAGUGAAAAAUUAAUGCUUUACAUUCAAGCUAUAUCUAGAAAGUAGACUGGAGAACUAAGAAAAUUACCCAGGUAAUUCAGGACAAAAAGAAAUUUCAUAUAUAUAUAUAUAUAUAUAUAUAUAUAUAUAUAUAUAUAUAUAUCCCAAUGUGUGAAGUCAGAAAACUGAGAAAUUUAUCAAAGCCAAUCAUCUAUAUUGAUCAAAUUUACUGAAAAAUUGUUAAUUUAUCCAUUGUGCUUAGCUUUGUGACAGCCAAAAUUAUCUAUUUAAUCUUUUCAAUAAAAAUUGUUUUUUGAAAUUCAGAAAUGAUUUAAAAAGAGGUCAGGUUUUUAACUAUUUAUUGAAGUAUGUGGAUGUACAGUAUUUCAAUAGAUAUGAAUAUGAAUAAAUGGUAUGCCUUAAGAUCCUUUGAAUAUGUAUUUACUUUAAAGACUGGAAAAAGCCCUUCCUGUCUUUUAGUAAAACAUCCAUAUUUCAUAACCUGAUGUAAAAUAUGUUGUACUGUUUCCAAUAGGUGAAUAUAAAGUCAGUUUAUCAAUUAAAAUAUGUAUUUGACUCAUUUAAAAGCUUUAUUAGUUUGAGAGAAAAAGGAAGAAAUAAUAAUUUAAACAUACUUCUGCUAUUCCCUUCUUUAUUUUCUGCUGCAUUCACCAUACUAAACUCACAUCUUUCAGGUGCUCCAAAACAAUACAAGUUGAAAAUAUUAGAUGCUACAAUUUCAAAGGGCUCCACAAUGUAGCCUUUUUCUCUGUUGCUGAUUCCCAGAAGGUUUCACAAGUUGAACUACAUCUAGCCUAAAGAAGCAAUUUUCUGGAAAGACUUAACUAUCCAUUAUUUAGGACUCUCACCUGCCGAAAU